GCAAAAUAAAAAAGAAAAGAAGCAAAAAGAUAGAAGAAAACCGAAGCAAUUCUGCGUGUUAUGUGUUAUUGUUGUGAUCAGUGAUCAGUGAUCAAGUGAAAGUGAACACAAGAACGAGAGAGAAAGCCCAGUGAAUCAGUUCCCAUCGUAAAGGAUAGAAAUCAGAGACAAUGUCGGACAUUGAGGAUGUUUUCGAUGGCUCCGCCGAGGAGACCAAGCCCGAACCCGAUGCCCAGAGCAAAACCAGCGUGGUCACCGAGCACACCGAGGAGGUGAUUCCCGGCGAGACCGAGAAGAUGGUCACGGAGACCAUCGACGAGGACGGCGAUGUCGUGGAGGAGACCACCGAGGUUACCCGCAAAACGGUGAAGCGCACCAUGAAGAUCACCGAGACUUCUGCCACCACAAAGACAACCACGCUCACCACCCCCGCCAAACUGUAUGGCAAGGAUCUGAGUGAGUACGACGAUGUGGACGUGGAGAGCCUGCUGGCCCAGCUCUCGCCCGAGGAGAUAACCAUACUGGCCAAAGAGGUGGAUCCCGAUGACAACUUCCUGCCGCCAGACCAGCGCAACAGCUAUGAGUGCACCAAGGAAGCCACCGGGCCCCUCAAUCGCAAGCAGCUGAUCGAGCACAUCAACAAGCAGGCCAUCGAGACACCGGAUCAGCCGGAAUUCGAGCCGUUCGUUCAGGGCAAGGUUCGCGGAAAGAAGUGGGUCCCUCCGCCAAGGGAUGCCCGCGACAUCGAGGCCGAGGAACAGAUCGCCAUCGACAUGGGCGAGGAGUACGAGCACGCCCUCAACGAUGCCACGCAGGAGGAGAUCAUUGAUUUGGCCGCCAUCCUGGGCUUCCACUCGAUGAUGAAUCAGGACCAGUACCACGCCUCCUUGCUCAACAAGGGUCAGCCCGUGGGCCUGGGCUGGGAUGGCAUCACGAAAUCCACUCAGCAGAAGCUCUUCCCCAUGGAUCCGCCCAAUAGCACAGACGUGGAGGAGUCCAUCAAGCGGGUCAAGGACGAUGACUCCAAGCUGAUUGACCUCAACUUGAACAACAUUAAGAACAUCUCGGACGAGAAGCUCGAGCAACUGUUUGCCGCACUGCCUCAGAACGAACAUCUGGAAGUCCUCUCGCUGACAAAUGUGGGCCUCACCGACAAGACAGCCCUCCUGUUAGCCGCGGCCAUUGAGAAGAGCAAAACCCUGAGAGUAUUAAAUGUCGAGACCAACUUCAUCAGUCCGCCCGUGAUUGUUAAGCUGGUGCAAGCCCUGCUCAAGUGCCACACCAUCGAGGAGUUCAGGGCCUCCAAUCAGCGGUCUGCGGUGCUGGGCAACAAGAUCGAGAUGGAAAUCACCGACCUGGUGGAGAAGAACUCGUCGCUGCUGCGCCUUGGCUUGCACCUGGAGUUCAACGACGCCCGCCACCGAGUGGCCGCUCACCUGCAGCGCAACAUCGACAGAAGUGAAUUGCAACAAGGUAUGUUAGCCAGCGGAAUCACCAACAUCGCUUUGCCAUCAUCCAGCAAUCAAUCGUCACUCCAUCAUGACCAUUCAGACUCAAAGGCGGCCAAGGAUAUUUCACCCACUAGGUUGAAGAGCCUGGCUGCCUUCGAGCAGUUCAUCAAGGCGCGCACCUGGACCGAUCCUUCAGAUAGUGUAACCCAUAACUUGCCACCUCCAGGGCGUCUAGUGCGCAAUCUACAGGCGGAGGCAUCUGCAUCUGCGUCCACAUCCGGAAGCGGAGCCGAGAAGAAGAUUUGAUGAGCAACCCCAUUUGGUAACCGAGCUCCACGUUCUGUUGUUGCGUCCUCCCAGCCCCACUUCAGUCUAUCUUUUUAUCUAUUUAUCUAUUGUGUCUGGUAACCAGGUAAUCCGUUCUUGGCCUCCAUCAGCCUCAUCGUCACUCCAGAUCUCCAGUCUUAACCCCAUCGUCUUACAUUCUCACAUCGUAUCACCAGCCUUCGUUGCGUUAUCGUUAUCGUUCACGUUUCGUUAUCAAGUUAUCGUUCGUUUCACCUGUCGUUAUCGUUCUGGGUUAGGGGCACCUCGUAAGAUAUUUUCAAAUCUGAUUAAGCUGGUUGUCGUAGGUAAAGUAAUAGCACUGAAGUAUUUGGUGCUGUUAUUUUUAUAUACAUGCAUUUUUUAUUGUAAGGGGGUUCAGUACGUAUGUCAUUCUUCCAUAUCCACCCGAUGCUAACUCAUGUGUUAUCCCCAUAGAAUAGAGCCGGGAUCUCGAAAGGUUGAGAUCGGUCCACCUAUGUAAUAUUCCGUGCCCACCCUUGUUUCUCUCUCUCGUCUCCAAACUCUUGUAAUUACCAUAGAUUGUAAAAGUGACUUCCGCCAAGAAGAACAUUAACCAAUUAUCCAUUUGUCUGUUGUAAAUUUGCAACGCUCCUCUCAAACUCG